UGCACUCCCAUUCAGACACGACAACCAUCGCCAGCCUGGUCGCUGCACCCACGAUUCUCACGGACACCGCCAUCUGCGUCCGACCGCGACACGCGCCUUCUCACUGCGUCCCGCUGUGUCUGCGGCCCGUUGCGACCUGAUCCCGUUCGCAUAGACAUACGCCUCUUAAUUAAGUACUCCGUCCGUGCUGGUCCAGCCCCGUCCUGGGCUUGCUCAUCACCCACCCAAGGCGACGCCGAAUCUCGAGCCGCCGCCUCCCUGCGAUACUCGCGACGCCGACGCCCCUUGGAAUGGUCUGAACAGAGCAAGCCAUGUAUUUUCGAGACGCUGCGCCUGCGGCGCUCUUCGCGGCGCUCCUCGCCGCGCCGCAGCUCGCCUCCGCCUUCUACCUGCCAGGCGUCGCACCGACCUCCUACAAGCCUGGGGAUCGCGUUCCGCUCAAUGUCAACAGUAUCAAGCCCGUCGCCGCGCUGCAGGACUACCGUUUGCACUCGGUCAUCUCGUACGACUACUACCACCCAGCGUUCCAGUUCUGUCAACCAAAGGAUGGGCCCGAAUAUGUCUCGGAGAGUUUGGGGAGCAUCCUCUUUGGCGACAGGAUCAUGACGUCGCCUUUUGAGCUGUAUAUGGGCAAGAACGAGACGUGUAAGCCGUUGUGCAAGGCGACGUACCCAGAGAAAAUGAGAGAAUUCGUCAUCGAGAGGAUCGAGCAGGGCUACAGCCUCAACUGGCUUGUGGAUGGCUUGCCCGCCGGGCAGAAGAUUCAGGAUGAUCUGACCGGCACCACCUUCUAUAGCCCCGGCUUUAUGCUCGGUGGCUUCCUUGGUGAGGACAUUGAGGAUGAGGAGAUCUUUUUCAACAAUCACUACGAGAUCUGGAUCGAAUACCACGAGGUCAGCGGCGACCCGAACCAGCUUCGCGUAGUUGGCGUCGUCGUUCAACCCGGGUCCAAGGACUACCCUGGCGAAGCUGAUUGUGGCGACAACCACGGCCCCGUCCUCUUCAAGUCGGGCGAGAAGGACCAGGAGGUGCAGUUCAGCUACAGCGUCUACUGGAAAAAGUCGGACACGGCCUGGGCCACUCGUUGGGACAAGUACCUGCACGUCUUUGACCCCAAGAUCCACUGGUUCUGGCUGAUAGACACGGCCAUUAUCGUCGUCAUCCUUGUCCUCACCGUCAUGUCAAUCCUGGUCAGGACGCUCAAAAAGGACAUUACCCGCUAUAACCGCCUGGACCAGAUCAACCUCGACGAUCUCAGCGGAACCUCCGCGCUCGAGGACGGCGUGCAGGAAGACUCGGGCUGGAAGCUGGUCCAUGGCGAUGUCUUUCGCACGCCUUCGCGCCCGCUUCUCCUCUCCGUGCUUCUGGGCAAUGGCGCACAGCUCUUUGUCAUGACCGGCACCACCAUCGUCUUUGCCCUCCUCGGCUUCCUCUCGCCGUCGAAUCGCGGCUCUCUGGGCACAAUCAUGAUCCUACUUUACACCCUUCUCGGCUUCGUCGGCGGCUAUGCCUCUGCCCGCGUGUACAAGGCCCUGCAGGGCGAGCAGUGGAAGCUCAACAUCGCGCUCACCCCUCUGUUGGUUCCCGGCAUCGUCUUUUCCGCCUUCUUCCUGUUGGACAUUUUCCUGUGGGCCAAGGGGUCGUCAGGCGCGGUGCCCUUUACCACGAUGCUCGUCAUCAUUGGCAUCUGGUUCGUCAUCUCGAUUCCUCUUUCCGUGGCCGGCUCGUGGCUCGGUUUCCGCAGUCGGCAGAUCGAGGCACCCGUCCGCACCAACCAGAUCCCGCGACAGAUCCCCCCUUGCACGACGUACCUGAAGCCCAUUCCGAGCAUGCUCAUCGUCGGCCUGCUGCCGUUUGGUGCCAUUUUCGUGGAGCUCUACUUCAUCAUGAGCUCCAUCUGGUUCAGUCGCAUUUACUACAUGUUUGGCUUCCUCUUCCUCUGCUACGGCCUCAUGAUUGUCGUUUGCGCCGCCGUCACCGUCCUUAUGACCUACUUCCUGCUCUGCUCCGAGAACUACAACUGGCAGUGGCGCUCGUUCCUCGCCGCCGGCACCAGCGGCGUCUACAUCUUCCUCAACUGCCUACUGUACCUGGUGACCAAGGUGAAGCUCGCCACCAUGGCCGGCACCGUGCUGUACAUUGGCUAUAGCGCGCUCAUUUCCUUUUUGUUCUUUAUUCUUGCUGGCUCCAUUGGCUAUUUUGCCAGCUGGUGGUUCGUUCGCAAGAUUUACUCUUCCAUCAAGAUCGACUAAGACUUAUGGGGAGCCAUGGCGACCUUUCCAAGCUGUGUGGCACUAUCGCAGGACGGUGCCGCUCUGCACUUGUACAAAUAUUGUUUGCUUGACCAGCUGAACUGCCCCGUCCCGGAUGCCGCGCGGGUGUUGUGGUCUCAAAGAGGGGUAGCCAUUGUGCCGCACGCGGCGCAGGAUGUGUGUGAGGUUAAAAAGCGAAGUUGAUAGACACAUGAUUGUAAACGUUGCAUCGGUAAUAAAGCCAACUCAGUGACAAUACCUAAGGUUAUCGCGACUUGUUGACGCCUUGUAUAGAGUCGAACCACGCAGUCACAUUGCGACACGGUUCAUGGCGCAUACGCCAGGGAGGCGCGGACCACAGGACUGCUACCUAGUUCGAGACCGCAGAGGUCUCUUGGAUCGAGGAUGGAAAGGCAAGUUGCGCAGCGUUCAGGGUAAGAUGCCUCAUCAAGUAGCAAAGAGGUGGGG